CCCCCAGCUGGGUGCGAGGUCUAUACCCCCCCGCCCCCCCCCGCCCCCCCCCCCCCCCCCACACGACUACUCCGGCCCCGGCGAGGGCUCCUCCCCGCGGAGUCCCUUGCGCCGUCGGGUGGUGGAGACUUGUGGCGUUGACGGAUGUUAUAUAACCAUCAAACCAGAUAACACUCAGUUUAGCACUCAAGCAGCCGUAUAGUGACUUAGUGCAAGAAGCACGAUGCUUGAGGAUUUCUUUACUCUUACUGAGAUGAAGGAUGGCAUUUCAACUGUAGCACGAAUUGGAGAACUGGUAUCUGAGAUCAAGAAGCUCAAAAGUGCUGCUGAACUUAACACCGCUGACUUGAUAAGGCAGUGUGCAACGGCUGCAAACACUCUAGCGUCCACCAAAAAUGAAGAGUGUCUUCAGCAUUUUGUUCAGCUAAAUGGUGUCGGUUUCCUCCAUCAAUGGCUUCAGGAUGCUCAGAACUGUGGUGAGGAUAUCAGCAAUGCAGCAGAAGACCUAAUAGUUGCAGUAUUGUCUGCACUGGAGUGUCUUCCAGUUGAAAAUGCACAAAUUACUUCUUGUGGUGUUCUGCAUACUGUUGAGCAUCUACUUUCUCAUAGCAAUACUGAUAUCAACAAAAAGGCAGGAGUGCUUUGUCAUAAAUGGAGAAGUGUACCGAAAUGCACUUCUGAUGUCCAUGACAUGGUAGCAAAAGAGCGGAACCCAGAUCAACUCAAACUCCCAGAACCUAAACCUGAGUCUGGUGGGGCAAAUGAAGCUGCAAUUGCAGGAGAUAAGUCGAAGUCUGAGGUGAUGGUCUGCUCGAGUGUUCCUUUGCCUAAUCACUCCCAGACCAAUGAUAACUGUGAUAUAGUGAAGCAGUCGCUGGUGAUGAUACCCCCAAACUCCGAUGGAAAUGCCAUUAUUGGUGAUGGGAACCCCUCAGUACCAUCACUUGCAUGUCGUAAUGGUUUAGAAAAUGUACCUGUGACGGAGGAGUCUUCUGCUAACAAUGAUGCAAAAAGUGGUGCUGCACAAGUCUCACUGCCAGAUGGAACUGCAGAGGCCAAGUCUUCUGGGACUAAUAAUCCAGAAAAUCCAUUUGUUAGUAACAAAAUGGAUGUGCAGGACCAAAAUGUUUCUAUUAGCGUGGAUAUCAAGAAAGGUGAAUCCUUUUUGGAAGAUAUGCCACACUCUGAGAAGAAUACAGUGGGAGGCUGGGACCUAGCCCCCCUUGACAUGCAAGAUUCAUCAGAUGAUGAAAGUACAAGGAAAGAGGAGGGGCCUACAUCAUCAUCUGAUACAGAUGUAAAGGGCGCUGUCAAUGAAUUGAGGUUGAAGAGAUGCAUGACGAGCUUUGGGGAUUCCUCAAAGGCAGCAGACAAGAAAUCGAAAGCAGAAAAGGGAGAUACAUCAACACCAUUAGCUGAGUAUGAUGAUACUGAUGCACUGGAAGUAGCUCGUCUGGUUGCUAUUGAGGUAGAGCGGGAAGUCAUUGACUACAGGGGACCAUUUUGUGGUUCCCCUGAUAUUAAUUCCAGACGGUCUGAUAGUCCCGACUUAGAAGCACGCCGGCAGCCUGAACCGCCCAUGGAUGAACCGGAUAAUGAUAAUAAAUCCUCCACUACAGGGGAGGAUUCAGGAAGUUCCUCAUCUAUGAAGGAGGAUGGUUCAGGCAUCACGGAUGACAGUGGUACUUUCAGUAGAAAACAUACGCGAAGCAUGAAGCUGGGAGGCAUUGAUCUUAAUGAAAACCAGUGCACUGAGGAAGUUGAUUGUCAUACGAAGUCCACGCUUAGUAAUUCAAUUAAUUUAUCAACACCUAUAGCUGUGGCUGCCUCAAGAACCUCAUCUGUAUUCCCAGCUCGAUUGCACUUUGAAGGUGAACUGGGAUGGAAAGGUUCUGCAGCCACCAGUGCUUUUCGACCGGCUUCUCCUCGGUGUACUCCCGAUGGAGAGAAAUCAGUAUCUGCCUCUUCACAGAGAACAGGCAAUGCUCUGUUUGACUUGAAUGUUUCUGAAAGUGACAAUGCUACUGCUGGUGAACCACUUUCAGCAGCCAUCCUUCCGCUUUCUUCUGACAUAGUGCGAAAGGAUGCCUCUGCAACUGUUGGCCUGAAUAGCCUUGAACUUGACCUUAAUUGUCCAUGUGACGAUGAGGAAGCUGCAAUCACCACAAGUAAUGUACCAUCAUUUUGGAAUCGACAACAAUGUAAUGGCGAUUGGAGUCACCCUUCUUCCUCUUCAUCUUCAAGGCAACCUGCAGUAAGGAACUUUGACUUGAAUGACAACACACCAAUCGUGGAUGGCUUUUUACGAGGUGCAGAUGAGUCCUCUGUCAAGACUUCUGGGAGGGAUGUGUCAGACCAUUCUGCAGUGACAAUUCUGGGCAAGAGAAUAGUUCUUGGACAGAAGGAACAUAGCCAUCAAAAUGAGCAUAACUUUCUUGGGCCAAGUGUGGAAUCAAGAGAUCCUGCAAGGUCUAUGCAAUCUUACGGGCAUACACCCCCUGAUUAUAGUGUUGUCAGCUAUUCGUCUCAUUCUGCUUUGUCUUUCCCGUCACCUUUCUAUGCACCAGGGACUGUUCCUUAUAUGGUUGAUGCAAAGGGCACGCCAGUUAUACCUCCAUUGCCAGGUUUCGGUGUACCAACGGUGCCAAACUUAGGAGUGGGCACAUCUCAUCCAUCUCUCGGCAGCAGAGCAAUCCCACCCUCUAGUGAAUUGAGCUAUUUUCAUCCCAGCAUGGAUCUCAACUAUGGAAGGUCAUAUGAAGGUGCACGUAGGGAAGGUGCAAGCUAUUGGCCUGUGUCUUUCCAAGGUCAGACCAUGUUUGUGGACGAGCGCAUGGGUAACAUGUCACAGGGUGGCAGCUCUGGGGUGCCAGUAUUGAAGCGAAAAGAGCCAGACUUAGGUUGGGAUCUGUACCCACGUCGCUAGGUAUGAUGUUUGUCGCAAUUGUAAUCGAUUUUUGUUGUUUUAUUUAUUUGGUUUGUUCAAUGUACCGCUUGCUGUGGUACCUUGGACAUUCUGGAGUAUUUUUGGCACCUAAAAAUAGGUCCCAGUUCUAUUAGGUUGGAAGACAUACCACAGAGAACUGAAUAAGGCCAGCUACUAGUUAGAUUUCAGAGAUGUUGACUUGCCAUGGACAUUGUUGGCAGCUGAAUACCUUGUGCAGAUUUGGUUCUUUGUGAACGUAGCUUCUUUUAGUAGUCUUCAUAUAGCCAAACCACUGUACGGAAAGCUGAAUUUAUGUAUAUCAUUGUAGAACUUAUAAUUAAUAGAUGAAAUGCUUCCAGUUUGUCCUUUUUUUUUUGUUGUCUUAACUGGGUUCCUUAAUGUAAUUAAGUAUACCCAAUCUUGUAGCAUGUGCUGAAGUAAUUGUACUUAUUAGAAUCCAAUGUGAAAUGGCAUAAACAAAAGAAUUAAUUCCCACUUGA